ACAAACACAUACCAGUGCGUGUUGGCCACGGAUGAGAUCCGGACGUACGCUAUGUUUAAUUACGAACAAAUCCAGUGGAUUACCCAUCAGGACAAAUACGAGGGUCUCAAGGGGUCGGCAGCUUAUGUGGGUUUCAACGCUGGUAACACUACCCGUACCUACGAGUUCAAGCCGUACUCACAAAACCCUCGCAUAUCAUACCUGACCACCCGGGGCUGGGGUAACGGUCUAAAAGGGCGUUAUUUUUUCCAGAUCGACGAGGAGGUGUGGCCGGGCGCCUGUAUCGAGAAGGACUUGGACCCUUUCUUACCCGAUCGACUACCCCUUACAUUUUUCCCGCGUGUGGGCGCUAUGUUAGGCGGCACCAUGGUCAACUUCACCGGCCCCUGUCUACAGCCCACGAGUAUAAUAACGUGUCAAUUUGACAACUGGCAAACACCAGGCAUAUACAGGGACUUCAAUCACGCCACCUGUAUCACACCCCCUGUAAUGUACCAUGGUUAUGUCGAUUUGACCAUCACCGUAGAUGAUAGGACCCUGUUCCUGGGCAAAUAUUACAUACAGCCCCCGGACAUCGCCGACGACGACAUCGUGGUCUUAGAAAACGCCGACCGACUGGAAGAGCCGCUGAGUCUGGAUAUCAAGUGGAAGAUGCAUAAACUGGGUUGGGAUGAGAACGCCCGGGUGACCAUGUCGUUGUGGGGGUACAGGGAGACUGGAGAUGUAUACCCGCACCUCACGUACAUCGACACGUUAGGAGACGCCGGUUCGCUACGGUUGGGCCAAUUGCGGACAUCCAUCGACCCUAACCUCUACAGAGACCGCAAGAACUACAAGAUGAGUGACAUUACGUUCGGCUUCAUUGCCAUCAACUUAACUGAUCCGACAAUUCUGGGCAAAGACAUCAAACAGUCGCCCACCAUAUGGUCGCGCCCUAUGCCGCUG